UAGUGAAGCAGAGCCAACUCAGUACCAUCUUAGUACCCUCACUCAAACUCCUACCUGCUGCAUUAUCAUUCAUUCCUGGCACCUCAAAGCAAAGCCACAGCUUUCUAAAUCAACCAUUAGUGUACGAUAUUCUCUACUGGAUACAUGAAUAAGUAUAACCUUUAAUUGCCAAAAGUGCAUGUGAGUGGAAAGCUGAGAUUUGACAUUGAAGUGUCUGUCACUCAUGUGGUUGAGCUUCCAUGGAAUUUGCACAAUAUGCUUGUUUAUGAGCUGAAUUCACUGAAUUUAGCGAAAAUAAGAUCUGGGAUUUUCUCUAAGGUCUUUUCUUGAGGUGGGUUUUGGUUCUCUUAAGCUCCCUGAGGAAUUUUGCUGGUUGUGGUUAAAUUUUGAUGUUUUUGCUCUCCUUUAACUGAGAUCUGUGAACUCGGCAAAGCUUUUGGCUUUUUAGUUUUUGUGAGUUUUGGUUGUUUGGGCUGAAAAGGUUGGAUUUUUUGGGGAAAUUGGGAGCCUGGAGUUGGAUGGAAUGUGGUCGUUGACAAGUUGAUACAUAUGAAGCUCCUGAUUGCAUAUGCGCGCUUUUGGGUAUGCUGGGUGAGGAAAUUCAAGAACUGAUGAAGCUUAAAUCUAUCGUCUUUUAUAGUGGAACUGGUUUUGGUUGAAGAUUUUUGAGAGGCACAAAAAGCACAUUUUUGAUCAAUUAUCAACUAUGAAGUGUUAUCUCUUGAAUCCUUCCUAAAAAAGCUGGUCGGUAGGUGGUGGUGGUGGUAGUGGUGGUGAGGGGGCUGUGUCUAUAUAUUCCCUGCAUGGAGAUUUUUGUGUGUUUGGAGGAGGCAAAGUGGAGGACUUACCGGGGGUUGCAGUAAAAGGUGGUCACUGAAAGAAGGUCUAGUGCAGUAAGUGCAAUACUCUGGUGUGGGGUUAAGGAACUUUCUGGUGAGUGAUUUGGAUUAGCUAUUGUGGCUUCAGAGUUUCUUGUUGAAACUACAGAAAUGAGGCUCUCUCCUGCUGGUUUCACCCAGCAACCUCCUGAAGGGGAAAAGAGGUGCCUGAAUUCUGAACUUUGGCAUGCAUGUGCUGGUCCUCUUGUUUCCCUACCUGCUAUUGGGAGCCGCGUGGUAUAUUUUCCUCAAGGUCAUAGCGAGCAGGUCGCUGCCUCAACCAACAAGGAAGUUGACGCUCAUAUACCUAAUUACCCAAGCUUACCACCACAAUUAAUCUGUCAACUUCACAAUGUCACUAUGCAUGCCGAUGUGGAGACAGAUGAGGUCUAUGCUCAAAUGACCUUGCAACCCCUGAGUCCUCAAGAGCAAAAGGAGGCUUCCUACCUUCCUGCAGAUUUGGGUUCUCCCAGCAAACAGCCAACAAAUUACUUCUGCAAAACAUUGACUGCAAGUGAUACAAGCACUCAUGGUGGUUUUUCAGUUCCUCGCCGUGCAGCUGAAAAAGUUUUCCCUCCGUUGGAUUUCUCCCAGCAACCUCCAGCCCAAGAGUUGAUUGCAAGAGAUCUGCAUGAUAAUGAAUGGAAAUUCAGGCAUAUUUUCCGAGGCCAGCCAAAGAGGCAUCUUCUCACUACAGGUUGGAGUGUAUUUGUAAGUGCAAAACGGCUUGUUGCAGGGGAUUCAGUCCUUUUCAUAUGGAAUGAGAAGAACCAGUUACUUUUAGGUAUUCGACGUGCUAAUCGGCCACAGACUGUGAUGCCUUCUUCAGUUUUAUCAAGUGACAGCAUGCACUUGGGGCUUCUUGCAGCUGCUGCUCAUGCUGCAGCAACUAAUAGCCGUUUCACCAUAUUUUACAAUCCAAGGGCUAGUCCAUCAGAGUUUGUCAUACCACUGGCCAAGUAUGUAAAGGCAGUCUACCACACUAGAGUCUCUGUUGGCAUGCGCUUCAGGAUGCUGUUCGAGACUGAAGAAUCUAGUGUUCGGCGCUACAUGGGCACAAUUACUGGCAUAAGUGACUUGGAUCCAGUUCGGUGGCCGAAUUCAUAUUGGCGAUCAGUGAAGGUUGGCUGGGAUGAAUCGACUGCUGGAGAGAGGCAACCAAGAGUGUCUCUGUGGGAAAUUGAACCUUUGACAACAUUUCCGAUGUAUCCAUCACCAUUCCCAUUAAGACUCAAGAGACCAUGGCCACUGGGGCUGCCUUCCUUCAAUGGGAUGAAGGAUGAUGAAAUGGGAAUCAAUUCUCCACUAAUGUGGUUCCGUGGAGAUGUUGGGGAGCGUGCAUUACAUUGUCUUAACUAUCAGGGAAUUGGAGUGGCACCUUGGAUGCAGCCAAGGGUAGAUGCUCCAAUUCUUGGCAUGCAAACAGACCUUUACCAAGCUAUGGCUGCUGCUGCUCUUCAGGAGAUGAGGGCUGUAGGCCCAUCCAAGCAGGCCUUAUCUUCUCUUCUACAGUUUCAUCAAACCCAAGGCAUUGCUAACAGACCAACUAGUUUAGUGCAACCUCAAACGUUGCAGCAGUCUCAGCCUGAGCCUACCUUUUUACAAGGCCUUCCAGGAAGCCAGUCCCCAGCACAAUCACAAUCUCAAGCUCCAUCACUGCUAAUUCAGCAACAAUUGCAUCAUCAGAAUUCUUAUAGUAAUUUACAGCAACAACAGCAGCAGCAGCAGCAACCUCUUCCGCAGCAGCAACCUCUUCCUCAACAGCAACAGCAAGUAAAUGAUCAUCAGCAGGUUUCAAGUGUUGCAACUGUCCUGCCUCAGUUGACUUCAAGCUCUCAGGUCCAGUCACAUUCGAUCCAAGCUAUCUCUCCCAUGCACCAGCAGAGCUUUUCGGACUCUAAUGGUAAUUCUGUGACCAGCUCUAUUCUGUCUCCACUGCAGAGUCUGUUGGGUUCUGUGCCCCAGGAUGAAGCAUCCCAUCUUCUCAGUGUGCCUAGAUCCAGCUCCUUGUUAUCUCCUAGUGGUUGGCCACCAAAACGAGUGGCAAUUGAUCCUAUCCUUCCUUCGGGUGUAUCACAAUGUAUAUCACCUUUAAUGGAGGAAAUGGGACCACCUAACAACAGUAUAUCUCAAAAUUCAGUUUCUUUGCCACCAUUUCCUGGUAGGGAGUGCUCCAUAGACCAAGAAGGGACCAAUGAUCCCCAGAAUAGCCUUUUGUUCGGAGUAAACAUAGAUUCUUCAUCACUUCUUAUCCAGAACGGGAUGUCAAACCUUAGGGGAGUAGUUAGUGAUAGUGGGUGUACUACGAUACCUUUUCCUUCUUCCAAUUAUGCUGGUACUACGGGGACCAAGUUUCAACAGAAUCCAGAAAUGACACCUUCAAGUUGUAUUCAGGAAUCUGGUUUUCUGCGGUCUCCUGACAAUAUUGGGCAGGGAAACCCCGCUACCAGAACUUUUGUUAAGGUUUACAAGUCAGGGUCCUUUGGGAGGUCAUUAGACAUCAGCAAAUUCAGCAGCUACCAUGAGUUGCGUAUUGAGCUUGCUCGACUAUUUGGCCUUGAGGGCCUUUUGGAGGACCCUUUGAGAUCAGGCUGGCAGCUUGUGUUCGUUGACCGAGAGAAUGAUGUCCUUCUCCUUGGUGAUGAUCCUUGGCCGGAGUUCGUUAACAAUGUGUGGUGCAUUAAAAUACUCUCACCACAAGAGGUGCAGCACAUGGGCAAACGAGGUCUCGAGCUUCUCAACUCAGCUCCCAACUCAAGGCUACCAAAUGGAAGCUGUGAUGACUAUGCAAGCCUACAAGAGCCCAGGAAUGCGAUUACCAGGAUGACAUCAGUUGGAUCUCUCAAUUACUAGAUUGAUUGAAGUAAUUAAGACGUUAAUCUCAUUCUGUAAUGUUGUAGCAUAUAGCAUAUACUCCAUAUAUUUCAGUAGGAAGAACUGUCUUCUCAGUUAGUAUUUUGUAUAAAACUUAUAUUUAAUGUAAUUAUGCUAAUAUGUGAUCCUCUUAAACAGCAACCGUGUUUACGAUCCACUAUUUCUUCUCA